AUGCCUACACGUGCUACGAUCCCGAAGACGCCCGUCCGAGUCGCCAUUUGCGGCGGUGGUAUAGGCGGUCUUGUCCUCGCAUUAGCUCUUUCGAAACAUGCGGCAAUUACCGCCGAUGUAUACGAAGCUGCGACCUCCUUCUCGGAGAUAGGUGCUGGCAUCGGAAUCUGGCGGCGACCGUGGCAAAUUUUGGCACAGUUGGGGCUCGAAGAGGACAUGAAGACUAUCACGGAUUACGAGCCGUCCAAUGACCCAGUAACGGCCUUUCACUACCGUAAGAGCGACCAGCCAGCCGGCCUUGAUUUUUACACUUUGCUCACUAAGGGUGGCAUCGCGCUCGCGCACAGAGCAGAACUCCAGCGCGUCCUCAUCCAACAUCUCCCUCAUGCCCCUCACUGCUCGAAGCGUCUACAGUCGUAUAAAGAGACGUCUUCUGGAGUGCAGCUCUUCUUCGCCGAUGGAACUACAGCAGCUUGCGACGUACUGAUCGGAGCGGAUGGAAUUCGUUCUGCCGUGCGACGCGGCCUACUCCUUCGAGAAGCUCAGGACGCCCCUCCGGAAGUCGCAGAUGAGCUGCGAAGCUGCAUCGAGCCUUCCUGGACUGGAGUAGUUUGCUACCGAACGGUCGUCCCGGCGGCGAGGCUAGCUGCACGCUCGCCACAUCAUCGGGCGUUACACCUGCCGAUGCAGUACACGGGAGCUUGUAAUCAUAUCACCACGUACCCUAUCUGCCACGGCCAACUCAUCAACGUGGUUUUCUUUCGAGCUCAUUAUGACCGAGAGGGCACCGCGUUCGACGGACCGUGGGUGUGCAAUUUGCGUUGCGACUUCUUCCAAGCCUUCCAAGACUGGGAACCCGAAGUACGGCAGCUCCUCGAGAGCGUCGACGAGUUCAAGCAGUGGGCCAUCCAUACUGUACGACCACUGCCGUCCUUCGUAUCUCGUUCGGGGCAGGUAGCACUUCUCGGCGAUGCGGCUCAUGCUAUGCAACCUUUUCAGGGUUCGGGCGCCGGCCAGGCAAUCGAGGAUGCAUAUGUGCUUGCCUCUUUGCUAGGCGAUGCUGCGGAAAGUCGGAUGUCCGUCGACGCCGCCAUCCAUCUCUACGACAGGAUCCGGCGUCCCGUAGCCCAAGACGUUGCAUCCAGGUCUAGAAGGGCUGGAAUGUACUAUCACCUCCUAAUCCCGCCUUAUAAUGCCGCUGAGCUGCCGAGCCAUAUCCUGCACGGCGAGGAGUCGGAAGCUGCGAAGAAGGAGAAGCUCGGGCAACUCGGGGAUAUGGUCGCAUGGGAGUGGCAAUGGGCUUGGACGCGAGAGAUCGGCGAGCUGGACAAGGACGUCGACGAUGCCCGGGCUAGACUAUAG